AAAAAAGCACAUAUAAGACACCCUGCACCAUGGUAUUCUUGCUAUCCUCAAAAUAUAGUCUACGAAAAUGGCACCUAGAAUCCCUUCCAUGGAAGAUUACGAUCCUACCUCAUCAUCACAGGCUUUACUCCUCCGCGAUGCACCCUUCCUCUUGAAACACGACUACCUCCCUCUCGAAGCUGGAUAUGCAGUUGCUCCAGAUGGGAUGCAUCAUAUCGCUGGGUCGACGUAUAUGCGAGACUGCACUGGCGCCAUGAUUAACUGGUGGUUUGGGUGGAUUCAUAAUACCGAGCAGUAUAAACUGUGGCAUCCGAGAGAUCAUGUUUUCUCGGAUUGGGAGGGGGCGAGGAAUAAUGAUUCUACAUAUAUUGGAGGACACCAUCUCGUCCAUGAAUAUAUUGGGACCGAAAUCGCCAAACUGAAAAUCUCCUUCCUCAGCCCAAGCAAUUAUUUCGGACCGGACUGGGAAGAUCUCUUCAAAGAGGCAGGCUACUCGACGGCGAUUUGCGGUCGCGUUGGAAGCUGGAAUGACGAUAACAGCGCGACGUAUUAUGGACAUUUGAUUCAUUUGAUCAAAGAUGAGCCGGAUGGGUGUCGGAUGCGAUCUCGAUUUUGGCUGGGAGAUGCAGAAGGCGUUACAGAGGCUGAGGAGCGCGUCAAGCUAGUGCCCGAUGGGAUGAGUACGGCGUUGUUGAAACAUUGUACGGAGGAGAUGGCGAUUUUGGCGACAAGGUUGCCAGCGAUGUAUAAGGAUUUUUCUUAAUCUGUUUUUUCUUGAAGCGAUAUGUCAGUGCAAGACAAUGAGGUCAUACAGGAG